GCGCGCUGGAGGCGGCGCUUCUGUUGUGAGCCCUUCCUGCCCUCCCCCCACCCGCGCGCUGGGACUUGGUGGCGGCCGCUGCGGGAGGCGGUUGAGGCGGCUGCGAGGAUCGGCCCGUCCUCACCCGGGAGCGGCCAUGGCGCGGCGCCGCUAGGUUUCCGCUGCGGGGUCAGGUCGAGCUGGGGCCGCUCCGCGAGUCGCAGGCCGGGAUGGAGCCGGGGGGGGGCCGAGCGUCCUGCCGGGCCGCCGCGCUGCUGUUGCUGAUGCUCCUGGCCGCGCCCGCCGGGCUGCGCGCUGCCCUGGAGGAAGAGACCGGCAGGAACAAGGAGCCGCCGGCGCCGCCACAGCAGCAGCAGCCGCAGCCCGCGGUGCAGGGGCUAGAUCCGGCCCGGGCCGAGAAAUGGCCCACGCCAGUUCCUCCAGUUCAUCUUAUCAGUGAAGAAUCUGCUGAUAAAACUAAUUUGGGGUUUAUUCAUGCUUUUGUGGCUGCCAUAUCAGUCAUCAUUGUGUCAGAGCUGGGGGAUAAGACCUUCUUUAUUGCAGCCAUCAUGGCAAUGCGUUAUAAUCGUUUGACUGUAAUGGCUGGUGCCAUGCUUGCCUUAGGACUGAUGACAUGCUUAUCAGUUUUAUUUGGCUAUGCCACCACAGUUAUCCCCCGAGUGUACACAUACUAUGCGUCAACUGCACUGUUUGCAAUUUUUGGCAUCAGAAUGCUUCGGGAAGGCUUGAAGAUGACCCCAGAUGAGGGUCAGGAGGAGCUGGAGGAAGUUCAAGCAGAAAUCAAGAAAAAAGAUGAAGAAUUCCAGAGAACGAAACUGUUAAAUGGGCCAGGAGAUGUGGAAACAGGGACAGGCACAAAUAUACCUCAGAAGAAGUGGCUGCAUUUUAUUUCUCCAAUUUUUGUUCAAGCUUUUACUUUAACGUUCGUAGCAGAAUGGGGUGAUCGCUCUCAAUUGACAACAAUAGUCCUGGCAGCAAGAGAGUGCUGCUAAAGCAAGAAAGACAAUGAGAAGGGGAAUCCAGGUAAGCUUCUGGCUUGUUGGAAAUGGAGAGGGAAAGAUAACCUUUCUAGAUAGGUUCAUACAUGUUGCGUUUCUCUUUUCUAUUAUAUAUUCAUAUUACACACACAAACAUUAGGCUUGCAAAAUCAAGCACUCAGAAGGUGGUAGGAACUACCAGAACAAAGGUGGGGUGUGCAACCUUAAUUUGGCCUCUUUCUGCGUAUGCAUUACGAUAGUAUUUAAUUACGUUAUUACAUACUAUUUUUCCACAGGACCCUGGCCACAGGAUGGAUCUGGCCUGGAGAUGAGUAUUUCACAAACCCUGACUAUCUUUACAACACCCCUAUGAGACAGAAAGUUUAAGAUCAGACGUAUCCAUGAAUAUUUGGUGUCCAAUUUGAGACUCCCAAGACCUGCAAGCUUGUGUAAUGGAGGAAGCUCUUGUCUCGGGACCCUUGCUUCCUUUGUUAAAGAAGUUGGAAGAUGUAUAGUGAAUGAGGCAGGGGACUGCCGGAAGAGAAAGGAUGGUCUCAUGGUUAAGGCAAUUUAGUGAUUUCCUGGAAGAUUUGGUUCUAUCCCUGCCUCUGCACAGAGUUCCUGUGUGAUGCUGGACAAAUUGCUUAAACAAAACUUUUCACAGGUGGUCACUAAUUGUGUUUCUAACUUUCCAGGUACUCAUCUUGAGACCCUGGGGUCUGAUUUGUAGAAGUGCUCAGUGCUUACAACUGCAACUAAAGUCAGUGGGAGCUAUGGUUUGAAUAUGUAAAGUGCUAUAUAAUGCUAAGUUUAAUCAGGUCUUGAAGUCUCAAGUUGGACACCCAAAAUUACUGGAUACUUUUGACCUUACAGACAUUCUGCCUCAUAGUUCCUCCCUCACAGGGGUGUUGCAAGGGUAAGUCAGUGUUCGCAAAGGACUCCAAUACCAUAGUGAUGAGUGCCAUAGAAAAGCACAUGAGAAAAUUAAUAAUUCUGUCAUCAGAUCACGGUUUGAAUAGUGUGGAGUGUUCAAAUAUGUAUUCAGAUAUGUUCAGAUAAUAUUUGAAAAAUGAGGAGAAAACAAAAUAUUGAGUAGCCCUUCAUUAAGUGAACCCUAUCUAUUCUGGGCACUGAAAGAGGCAGGCAUCCUGUGAUCAUGUAACUAGACUGAUUUAUGUAUGAAGUGAGCUGUAGCUCACGGAAGCUUAUGCUCAAAUAAAUUUGUUAGUCUCUAAGAUGGCACAAGUACUCCUUUUCUUUUUGCGAAUACAAACUAACACGGCUGCUACUCUGAAACCUGUCAAAAUAAUCAUAAUGCUAAAUUAAGGUGUCUCAGGCAACCUGAAGUUUGGCAUUCCUAACUUUUGAAUGCUCAACUCUGGAACUUACUGUAAUGUAAAAGUAAUUAUGUUCAAUUUCCUAGGUUUUAAAAACAAACUGGAAAAAAAAACAAUUCCAUCAUGUAGCAUGACAUUGACACCCACGUGGGUCAUUAGCAGGGUUGGAGCCUUUAGAUCCACCACACAAACCUCUGCCACUUGAGCUAGCAGAAUAACUGAUAGCAUAGUAGGUUGUCAUCUUCUGUGUACCAGCACUAGCUGCGUAUGAAGUACAUUUUGCCAGAGGGUUUCACAGAUUUGCUGACAGCAGAGGACUGGUGAGACUCAAGAAUUUUGGGUUCCAUUCCAGUCUGGAGGGGAGUGUGCUCUAGUGAGCACAGUCCCUUUUGCCCAUUCCCUCCCCCCAUAUGUGACCCCUUUUUGCCUUGUCCCCUCCAACCUUUCUCUGUCUUGUCUCUUCUGCACCCAGGGCUCCUCAUCCCAAUCCAGUUCUCCCUUGCCUUGCCUGUACCUGUCUCCCCCACUCUGGGCUCCUUGUCCCAUCAGUUGCUUUCUACAUCUCCAUGGAUCCUUGUCCUAGUCUCCUUGCCUAGCUAGUCCCAAUCUACUCCCCUUCUGGGUCUGAUGUUUCCCUGAAUUUACUUUUUCUUCUAUUUGCUUUCUAGAGACUCUCCCCUCCUCCCCUCCCCAUGCAUUCCUUGUAGGGAAGAAAUACUGUCAUUUCUUUUGCCUUCUGUUGAGAGAUCUAACGCCUUUUCUUCCUAGAGGAAGUACAAAAAGUUUCAAAAGUAUAAAUGACAGUUAGGCACCCAGCUGCUGCUUUUGCCUUUUGAAGAUUUCCCCAAGUCAUUUUUGGUGUUAAAACAGUCUAGGAUUGUUAGUUAUAUUCCCGACUACUGUAAGAAGGUAAGACAGAAGGGGAGGAUACCUUAAGAAGCUAUGUAACGGUUACCGCUGUGUUUAUUCUCUAUGGCAGAGCAAUUGUGUCAUGUCUUUUUAUUUACCCUUCCAGUAACCUUUUUAACAAAAAUAACAGCUCUAAAGCUUUCAACUUUGUAAAGUGGUUUUAUGCAGUUGAAAACUUCAUCCAGUGAUGUUACGGUUGUAACUGCUGGUAAACCUAGAAUAGAAUAGCAAUUUCCAUCUAGGCUAAAAUUUGGUACCUAUAUUUCCAGUCCUAGUCCCUCUGAUUUCAUACUUCUUUGAGUGGCCUCUUUAGAGUGGGUGCAUUGGCCUCGUGGACCUUGACAAAAUACUUCUGGUAACUAGCAUGUGCUCUGACUACCAAAAGUUCCUCUUUACCGUUUCAGUUUGACAUUUCUUAACUUUUGAGUUAAUGUUCUUCUAAUUGUGUAAUGUUGCUUUGCUUCUAGCCAGCUGUCAGCCUCCACCCUAGAGGUGGCUGCUUUUCAGUGGUGGGUAAACAAAGUGAAUUCUGCGUCUGUGUUAAACCACUUAAAGAUGGUUGAAAAGUGCCAUAAUAGGCUGUUCCUGAUUUAUCAGAUUUUAAGUCUUUUUCAUUUGUGACUGUUCCUCAGUAUUGUAGGAAACAACUGCUAUUGAGCCAUGCAAAACCCCUCAGGGGGGUUGGUGAUAUUCUCUAGGGUAACCUUGCCUUGCAGCAAACUAGGAAAGCAUAAUUUUUUUCCUGGUAGACUGCUGUUUGAGCCUUGUAGGUUUUCAACUGUGCUAAUGUUGAUCGUUUGUGUUU